CAUACAUGCUUUGCAAACCAAAACCAGUUGAACUUAACUCGAGCUGAGAAACAACUGUUAAUUGAGCGAUUGAUGGCCCAGUUUGAUUGGGGUAACUUUUAAAUAUAUCAUUUACUCUCUGCGCACGUCACGGUGAGUUGAGGUCGUUUGUCUCAACAUGUCGGGCAACAUUUGGACUUCAGUGUUUUGCUGUCAACACCACAAAGACAAAGAUGUAUCGGAAGAGACAACAGGUGUUCAGACUUGGUCCGAACAGGACAAAAACAAACGAACACUUUCAAUGGACGAUAAGGGCAAGAGCGAGGCUGUUGUUAGUCAAGUAACGGGGGCACACGUAAACGCUGGCUACCUGUCUCCCGAAGGAAUCAACAUCUUUGAACAGAAGGAAACACAGUCUGUAUCACAGAGUACCGAUGUUGAAUCUGUGUACCAAAGUCGAAUUGCAGGUUUACAGGAGCAGUUGAGUUUUGCUGAAGCAAGAAAUAAAGAACUCGCCAUGCAUGUGGGUGGACUCCAAGAUCUACUCAAUUCUUCUUUGAGGGAGACUGGGAACAGCUCCUCAAUAGCGGGGAUGGGAGAGGUGUCUCUGAGUGAGUCUGUGAGUGAGUCGGUGAAGCAGCAGUUUGAGACUGUGGAGAGGGAGAAGGAGAUACUGAAGAUGAGAGUGAGGCAGGCCAAUGAGAGCGUCCGAGAUCUCAAACACGAAAUUGCUGUUCUACAGAAGAGGCUGCAGAGUGCAGAGAACCCCCACCCCCCUCCAUCUCACUCCCCCUCUCCUCGGCCCCCAACCCCACCUCCUCCUCCUCCCCCUUCACAGCCUCUCAACCCCCUCAGGUCUUUAUUUUUACUAAUUCAGAAGAGAAAAGAGACUAAAGCAAAGGACUCCAUGGAGUAUUUCGAAGAGCCAGUGGAGUUGAGAAGUGUUUCAUCAGGGAGUCACAUUGGUGAAUCCUCCAGCUCGGCCUCCCCUCAACAAGCUCCCGGCAUGACCGAGAUGCUGAACAUGAUAAAGCAUGGAGUUUCAUUGAAGCAUGUGCCUUCCUUUCAUAAGGAGCACUCCAAAGACGAGCAGCUGGGCUCAGGGAGGAGUUUGAAUCUCGCUGGAGAAGGUGUGGAGCCUGAACUGGAAGGGAUCCUGAGGAGGAGAAAGCAGAGUACAGACAAUUAUAUUUCAGAUGGCUCGCUGGACUCUUUGGAUGUGGAUUCAAUAGGAUGCUCAAGUCACAAGCCAGUGGAGUCUGUGGCGAUUACAGCUAUAAAGAGAAGCCCUGGCAAAGGAAAUCUCAGCUUCCUCUGCAGGAGAUCUGGGGAGGACCAGGCAGAGGGGAGCCCAGUCAGUAAAUCUGCAGAGGAUUGUGAUGAUGCUAGAAGAGAUAGUGCUGGGGAUGAGGGCAGUGCCAGCACCAUUAUCCCAGUCACAUUUCCAUUGGAUUUUGGUGAUGAUGGCUCCCCUGCUAAGUACACAGCCAGAAUCAUUCAGGGACUGCCUGAAGAAAUGCUUCCAACAGAAGAGAAAGGUCCAGAGGUUCACACAGAUGAUGAGAUCCUUGGGGCCAUCCUCACUGAUCUGAUGACAACUUUGAGGAAUCAAGACUCCAUGGAACUUCAAGGAGAUGGUAUGGCCCAAGAGGAUGUCCAUCUGGAUAAGAAGGGAACCCCCAAAACCAUUGAGGAUCUACCUGAUGAGGUUUUGGAUUCUCCAAGUAGAGAUUGGCAUCAAGAGGACCAUAACUGUGACACAUCUAAGGAGUUGGAGACUGAACCUGUAAUCAAAACCGGUUCCAAAUUAGUAGUUGAGCAAGUGGUGGUACUUGCAGAUGAUCAAAGCCCAACGGUUGACUACGAAAAAGAUGGGUUUCAAAAUCCAAAUUCAAACCAAGUUGAGUUGAAUCCACAACAAGCUGACCAGGAACUUGAGAAAGCCAAUGAGGUGGACCUAGAGAAUGAACCUUCUUUUAAGAUUGAUUGCUUUUGCAAAAUGACAGCAGAACAAGGAGCGGUCCUUGCAAGCGAAGGGCCUCUGAACCAAGUAGAGAUGGAUCAACAAGGGGACGACCCACUUGAGAGUUAUCAAGAAUUUCACCUGACUGAAACCUCUUCUAAUAUGAAGCUGGGGCAAUCAAAGAUACAAAAUGACCAAAGCCUAAAAGAUAACGAGGGUGACCAAAAUCCAGCUUCGAAUCAAGAUAAGAUGGAACCAGUUGUUGAUGCAGAUGUCCUGGUUCACGGAGACAGCACUACUGAAUCAUCGAUGGACGAGUUUGUCCUAGAUAGUUUUGGCUCCCAGUCUCAACCAGCACUCCUAAGCCCGGGACCCCAUGCUCAAGGUCUUCGCUCAGCUGGCAGUACGGAUGUAAAGGAUCUGGAACAAGACUCUUCAGAAGAAAGCAAAACUGAGAACCAUGAAUCACCUGUUGAAUUCCAUUGUAGAAGGCAAGCUGUUAACCUUACAUUAUUAGUUCUAGGAAAAGGAGAUUUAAGUCCACCUAUAUAUUCUAACCAGCUUCAAAGUGUCACUCUACAAGUGAAUAAUCAGAACUUGAUCAGUCUUGAAAGCCAAGAUAAGGACAUGAUGGAUAACACGAUUUCAUUCUCGGUUGACCAGGAUGUGCCUAAAUGCAGUCCAACUGAUUCACAGAUCUUCUUUUGCUAAUCUCCAACUUUAUGUUUUUACAGCUUAACUGUUUUGUUUAGUAUUUCCCAAGAUGCAUUUUAAUCCAAGACCAGUCAGCCUGCCUUUUUUUUUUCUCCUCCUGUUUCAACAUGUGUAACAACUUGUAUGAUCUGGGCAUGGACAAGAUUUUUAGAUCUCCUUUUUUUUUUAAUUCUUGACACAGAUUUAAUAUAUUGCAUAUACACGCUGUACAACUUUUCAUUGCAUUGAAAACUUUUGGUUUAUUUGUGCACUUUUAGUA